UAAAGGAUAAAUAGUAAUACGACAACAUCCAACAGAACUUUCUUCAACAUUUUUUUCGCCAAACGCUGACGUUUUACUUCAUCCAUGGACCAACAGCAACAGCAAAUGCUCACGUUUUGGAGGGAAUUCUUGUCCUUAUUUCCCGCCAAAAACCCCUCCGUUAAAUCCCAGUCCUUUCUUGAUACUCUUCGGUUCCCUCCACCGAAACACCAAUCCGCCCACGUGAAGCGCCGUCGUUUAGUUCCUGCCGGUGGCAUUAGCGUAGUGGGGAUAUAGGUGAACCGUCUGAACAUGGAGGCAAAUUCUCUCAUUCAAAAACCCAAAAAGCAGAAACUGAAUGAAGAACAAGGCAUUGAUGGGAACAGAAAAUGCUUUGGUAACUUACCCGAGGUGCUUCUUCGACACAUUCUUUCCUUUCUUCCCAUAAAAGAUGCUGUUAAGACGAGUGUACUUUCUAAAAGAUGGGAAUUCCUCUGGACUAGUAAUCCCAAUCUUGAUUUUGGAGAACAUUUGGCUGGUAAGAGAAUGCUUCUCAUGAAUUUUGUGGAAAGAGUGCUUUAUCUUCGGGACUCCUCUGAUAUAAAAGAAUUCGUUCUUGAUUUUGAUGUGCAAUUUGAUGCAUCUCGUGUCCAGUCAUGGAUAACUGCUGCAGUAAGGUGUAAUGUUCAAAUUUUGAGUAUCCACAUUAGGGACUUGAGAGGUCAAUUUUCAUUGCCUCGUUGUGUGUUUACUUGUGAGACACUGACAAGCUUGGUUCUUGCAAUGCCAUGUAUCCUCAAAAUUCCUCCUAUAAUCUGUUUCUCAAAUCUAAAGGUCUUGAGUAUCAAAAAUGUUACAUUUUCGGAUGAUUACACAACCCAGCAGCUUUUUUCUGGUCUGCAAGUCCUUGAGGUGUUGUAUUUAAUGGAAUGCAGAUGGGGGUGUCUCAAAGUUCUGAAGAUUUCUGCCCCCAAGCUUCAUUCUCUAACCAUAACUGAAGCUAAUAUGGGGAAGCGGAACGAGGAAUAUUGUGAAGGUCUGAGUGAUUGUGAUGAUCACCGUGAUUUUGAAGGUUGUCGUAUUACAAUUUUUGGAGCUAAUAUCAAAUGUUUUUUUUACAUGGGUGAAUUCUUCAAUGAAUAUAGGUUCUAUAACUCAUUCUCACUAGAAAGGGCAAAAAUUGAUGUUACUCAGUCUAGUGAUUCUUAUUGUGAUAAGAGGAGAAGACAAGUUGCUUACCGCAUGCUUAAGGUUCUUAGAGGGCUCGCUAAUGUAAAAGACCUAAGACUAUACCAAUUUGCAGAUGGGGUUCUAACAUAUGCACCAGAACUUCUACCUACUAUGCCUAUCUUCAAAAACCUAAAGUAUUUGGAAUUGGAGUGGGGAGAUAUUAAUUCUAAAGCACUAUUGAAAAUAUUGCAAAACUCUCCCAAUCUUGAGAAGCUGAAAUUUUCAGAGAUUGAUGAGUGCUUUGAUUAUGAUAAAGAUGAUAUACUAUUGGAUCCUAUGCCGCCAUGUUUCUUGUCCUCUCUCGAGGACAUUGAAGUCGGUAAUUAUGAUGGACUUGAGACUGAACUUGCUGCUGUAAAGAUUUUACUCAAGAAUGCAAUUGCCUUGGACGAAAUGGUUAUAACUUUUAAAGAGUAUAAUGCAGGUAACUUCGAGAUGCAAGAAAAACUCUACAAACAGUUAAUAGAUUUUCCUAUAGGGUCACAAAAUUGUAAAAUCAUUUUGAAACUAGCUUUUCUUGAACAUGUACUCUUCAGAAAAGCCUUUAAUUCCUGUUUUUUUUAAAGUAUGACUUGUUAGCCUUUUACCCUACCUAGGCAACUUGCUGUCAUAGAAUGUUGGUUUAUGUUCUUUGUGAUAAUUAGUUUUGAAUCCUCCAAACUUGUAAAGCUUAUGCUAGUUUCAUAUGUUCAGUGUUUUUUGUUUCUUUU